AGCUGAUGCCAAAGGGGUCGUUAUGGGGGGCCGGGGGGACUCCGCGGCCUGCGUUGGAGCUAAAUCACUAUUUUAGGCCCGAUCCAGCCGCUCUGGGGGAGUUCCCGGACCAGCCUUUCGUUUCUAGUCCGGCCCUAGGCAUGGGAGAGCCCAAGAUGCUUGUGCCCGAUUCGGGUGCUGUGUUUACAUUUGGAAAAAGUAAAUUUGCUGAAAAUAUUCCCAGCAAAUUCUGGUUUAAAAAUGACAUACCUGUAUGUCUUUCAUGUGGAGAUGAACAUACUGCUAUUGUUACAGGAAAUAAUAAACUUUACAUGUUUGGCAGUAACAACUGGGGACAGUUAGGAUUAGGAUCACAGUCGACUAUGAACAAGCCAACAUGUGUCAAAGCUCUUAAACCUGAAAAAGUGAAACUUGUUGCUUGUGGAAGGAACCACACAUUGGUUUCAACAGAAAAAGGCGGCGUGUAUGCUACUGGAGGAAAUAGUGAAGGGCAAUUGGGACUUGGUGAUACUGAAGAAAGAAACACUUUUCAUCAAAUUAGCUUUUUUACGAACCAGCAUCAAAUUAAGCAGCUCUCUGCUGGAUCUAAUACUUCAGCUGCACUAACUGAAGAUGGAAAACUUUUCAUGUGGGGUGACAAUUCAGAAGGACAACUUGGCUUAAAAAAUAUCACUAAUGUGUGUGUUCCUCAUCAAGUGACCAUUGGUAAACCAAUUAACUGGAUCUCUUGUGGAUAUUACCAUUCAGCCUUUGUAACAACAGAUGGUGAACUUUACACAUUUGGAGAACCUGAGCAUGGGAAAUUAGGUCUUCCCAGUAAGCUGGUAGCCAACCACAGAUCACCUCAGCAGGUGACUGGACUCGCUGGAAGGGUGUUGCAAGUAGCCUGUGGUGGAGGGCACACUGUUGUUCUCACAGAGAAAACUGUAUAUACCUUUGGACUGGGACAAUUUGGUCAGUUAGGCCUUGGCACUGCUCUUUUUGAAACUUCAGAACCCAAAGUUGUUGAACAUAUUAAGGAUCAGAAAGUAACUUCUGUUUCCUGUGGAGAAAAUCACACAGCUGUGAUGACAGACAUAGGUCUUAUGUUUACUUUUGGAGAUGGUCGCCAUGGAAAAUUAGGACUUGGAUUGGAGAAUUUUACCAACCAAUUCCUUCCCACUUUAUGUUCUAAUUUUUUGAGAUUCGUAGUUCAACAGAUUGCUUGUGGUGGUUGUCACAUGCUAGUUUUUGCCAUCCCUCGACUUGGUGUAGUAGAAGAAGUGGAAUUUAAUGAAAUAAGUGAGCCUUUAUUCCAGCCAGUUUCUUCUCUGACACCAGGGAAUGCACUCCAUAGAACUGUAUCAGCACGUCUGCGUCGAAGAGACCAGGAGACACCAACAAAUUCUUCUUCAAUGCAAGCACUGCCUCCAGUAGAGGGAAAUGGAAAAGGAACUGCUUAUUUCUCCCCCAGUUCAGUCCCUUUCCGUUUGCCUCGGUGUAACUUCCCAGAAAAAACCACUUUUGAACCUGGAAAGCUGCUGGAGUCAGAGUAUUUCCAAGAUCUAAUGACCAAAGAAAUUGAUACAGAUAAUUCUCCUCCAGCAAUAGAAUCAGAAAGCCUUGAAGAAACUACUGAUAUCUUAAAUCUGACACAUGUGAUGAACCUGAGUUCCAAUGAGAAGUCACCAACGUUUUCUCCAAUUCAAAAACAUAAGAACCAAGACACAGUUGAGAAACUGAACCAGCUUACAACCUGUAUUGACAAUGAUGAUAGUAAUGGAUAUGAAUUUGAAGAGAGGUCAAAAACAGAAGAACGUCAAGCAUAUAAACAACAUAUGGCAUCAGGCAUCUACAUGGUGAAAGGAGCUGAAACCUUGGAAGCAUUUUCAGAUGACGAAGAAGAAAGUAAUGGCACACAUCAGGAUCUGAGUUUGUCUGAAAUUACAGACACAAAAGCAGAAGACACUGACAGCCAAGUUAAUGCCAAAGAAAUAGAUGAGAUGAAAACUACGCAAGACAAUAAAAAUGUUGCUGCAGGUGAUCAUAGUGAAACCAAAGUGUCAGGAAGUAUCAAAGACAUUCCAGCUGAAAUCAUUGAAGAGGAAAGAAAAGCCAGUGCAGAGGAUAUAGCUGUUCAUGAAUACAACAAAAAUCCAAAAGGUAAUAUGAGUGAAUGUGCCCCGAGCACUUCUCCAGACACCCCAGAAGUUAUUGAUUCAACACCAAUUCAAGAGGUGAAAAAAUCCAAAAAGAUGUUCUUCCUUAAAUGGAUGUCCCUGACAAGUCAGAGAUUUUCACAGAGUAGUAAUGAGUCACCCGAAUCAAUAAAACCAGUUGGAGAUGAAGAAACUUCACAAAGCGAUAGCAAAGAUGCCAACCAGAUCUACACAGAACAAAACUUUCAGGAUACUUCACCAGCAAAUACAACUGAGGGAAAGUCAAAAUCCUGUAUGAUAUUAUAAAGAUAUGUCUAUGUUUUCCUGGUCAUCAAGCACAUUCAUAGUUUAUACUUGAAAAAUGUUAUGACUUCUGCAAGAAAUUUUCUAAUAAAAUAAUUUUAAAGAUGUAAAUUAUAGAUUUGAUUGAACAGUAUAACCAGUUUUUGAUAUUUGUGAUGCAUAUAUUUUUAACAAGCAAUUUCAAAAUAUAUCUCAACCUCCUCUUGAAGUGUUGUGGCCUUAACUGUUCAGUGUUGCAUAAAACAAUGUAUUUUUAUAUGUGAAAAUUGAUAUUGACUAUAUGUGAAAAAAGAUAUUUCAUGGUUUUUGCUAAACAAUGUUACCUCUUUAUUAUUUCAUAAGACAAUGUUAACCACCUCAUGUCACUGUAACAGUUUUAAAUGUAUUUGCAAUUUUUAAAACCUGAAGCAAAAUUGUUUGUCUAAAAUUAUUUUAAUAAAUAUAUCCAAUUGG